GUUGUGCUUUAGAUGCUAGUGUGAAUGAAUAAGCUAGAGAAUUUUCUAACAGAAUAGUGGGUUGAAGUUGACGGUGUUCCACAACGCUUUCGAUUUCAUCUCGAUUUUUAAUUUCAGUAAAUGCACAGAAUUCUCUCUCUGUUGUGAUAUUUGCUAAAUCCAAUAAAAAUUAGCUUUUCGAAUAUUACUGAUUUAUUUUUAAGUCAGAGAUGAAACUAAUUAUUUUUAAAUAUUUUAAUUAAUAUUUAACCACCUGUCUGUUUUUACAACUAUAUUCUUGAAAUGACUGAUAUUCCUGCUGUAGUAUAUAUUAAAACUACACGCUUAGAUGGUCCAGAAUCUUCUAAAACUGGCAUUUGGACAUUGAUAUAACCUUUUCUUCCUCCAACUAAUAAUAUCAUUAUCCAUCCACAGCAAGCCAGAAAGCAACAGAGAUGCUAAUAUGGAGCCUGCAAUGAAAAAAAUGAAAAUCAGUAGAUUAAGGGAAAAUGACAAAGACUGUGAAUCUUUAAAGAAUUUCUUAAUAAAUUUCAAUAAAGAAAUUACUGGAAAGUUAGACUCCAUUGAAAGACAAGUGGAUAUCUUAUCUGAAAAUUAUGAUGUCCUUGGGAAAAAAGUUGAAGAUUUAUCUUUAAUUGUUUCAAAGCAAGUUGAAACUUUAGUCAUGAAUGGAGAUCAUAUGUUAAAUGAAAAUGGUGCUGUCCCUGUUUCAUCAAAAGUUACCUUUAUCACCCUAAAUAGAGAAGAAGACUAUCCUAAUGGAACAUGGUUGGGAGAUCCAGAUAAUCCUGAACGUAGAGUACGUUGUCAUAUUACCCCAACGGAACUUUUUCAUAUUCAUACAACUUGUCCCACAGCCGAGAAAAUGGCUCUCACUUUGUUGGACUAUUUAUUUGAUCGGGAGACUCAAGCUUGCUCAAAUAUCUCUGGCAUGGGCAAACACAAGAAGAAGCAACUUGAUCCUCUUUAUGUUUAUGGACUGAAAUGCCAUUUGAAUUUUAACUUCGGCAUAACAGAACAAGAUUGGAAUAAAAUUAAACAGAAUUUGGAUUCAAAAUGCCGCACAGCUUUCAGAAGAAAAAUCAAAGGCUUGCCUCUGACACCAAAGGGCACUCAUCACGGAGAAAAGGAGGCCAGACGAGAUGAUCUGCAUUUUUCAGAUUCUAUUUCACAGAAUUCUAUUGAAAACGGUGAUCAGCUCUCGAACGAAAGCAUCACAUUCCAAAUAAUCAAAUCAGAAAAUGAAGCACACCUUCUCGAGAGAGCCAUUAAAGAAGCCAAGGGCGAUUUUCAGAUACUGCAUGCAACAGCUGAAGAAGUAGCGAAGAUUCAGCAGACUCAUUCACUUCAAUUGACAUGAAAAUUAUCAUUAAUAAAGGUUUUUUUAUUUUGCA